AUGGAAGUUUCUUUGAAUAUCAAAAUUGCCCCUCCACCUUCCAACCCGAACACCCAGCGAGAGCGUUUCCUUGGUAAUUUUACGGAAAAGCCAAUGGCUUUCUCAGCUUCCUCCUCUUUCCUCUGCCUUCUCUCAGCGCUUCCCCCAUGAAGUCAACCCAGAAGCAUCCAUAGUUUCCCAUCUCUCAGUAAUUUUCUUCUCACAUUCACUCUCAUCUCAAAGACUUGCUAAACACCACAAGAGAGGAAGAGUGGAAAUGGAUCUCAAUUCUCACAGCGGCUCAUAUCUUGGAACGCAAACCCUCACGCCCAGAUAAAGCGGAACGGAGUGAGUGUCUCUAGGAGUGGUUAUUAUUAGUUUUAUCUGGCUAUGGAGACCACAAUUUGGAUCCAAAAUCUUUGGAUUCUUGGCAUGUUGAUGUCCUUCACCCUCACCUCCUCAAACUCAUUUUACCAACUCGAAGAAGACCAUUCUGUGACCCACAACUAUGCCCGCUUCCCCGAGGUGGAGAAAGAAUGCCGGUCGGUCCUCAGAUCGGCUUCCAGAUUGGAAUCGGAUGCGAACGGGAUCCAAGCCAUCCAGCCGGAGCUCUCCUUCUUCCGGGGAGACUGGAGGCAGGACGUCGGCGACGCCCCUCUGAUGCCGUUCGAUGGAAGCGAUGCUUCGGUGGACCAUUCCAGCGCGCCCGAUCCCCUUCGCCUGGCAACCUUCAUGCUGACCCAUGUCGAUCGCUCUCACCUUACCGCGGUGAAUGUCAGUGGAGUUCUGGGUAUUGCCAUAUCGAGGAACGGCACCGCCCCAGAGAUGCGCCGGUAUUCGUAUCCGGAAUUCCUGAUUUGGCCUGGGAGCUCCGAGCUCAGGAUUCUUUUCGAAGGGAUCUACGCCGAGUCUGACAACAAGAAUGGUGGAGAGAGGGUCUUGUGCUUGUUGGGGAAUGCUGUGCUUCCAUCUCGCCAACCCGAUUCCACCGACCCAUGGGAGUGGGUGAAGGAUAUCCGUUCGAACAAUUUCCAGCUUCCCCUCUUGCAAGACGAGCGGAUCUUGCUCCUCCUCCGCUAUCCUAAGGCCUUCAAGCUGACAAGUAGAGUGGUGCAUGGGGAAAUGCGGAGCCUAAAUCGGCGGUCAAGCCUUAGGUACUUUGAUAAGGUCCGGUUAUCUUCCCAGUUGGGCGCUUAUUCAAACUACCAGUUUGGGUCGGAAGAGUUCGUGUCCAAGGCCUGCAGCCCUUACCCUUAUCAAGAUGAUGUGGUGGGUGGCCGCUUCGAGGUCUAUAAAGGAACUGGCUUCUGUGGAGUGCUUGAUCAGUUCAUCUCUGGAGAGGUUCUCGAUGUUGUACCAAACUGGAACUGUAAUUCCACGGAUGAAUUCUGCAGUAGGCUGGGGCCUUUUGCAUCAGAGAGGGAGAUCAGGGCCACGGAUGGGGGUUUCGCCAAUGUGGGUAUCAUGAUGCAAGAUAUCAGGUGUGAGCCGGGCUUUGGUCACGAUCAUGUGAGCUUGGCAAAGGUGUCAGCGGUGUUCAGAGCUAUUCCUCCAUGGGAGAACCAGUACAGCGUGGCACAGAGGACCGGCCUCAAUAACAUGACUCUUUCAGCCGAGGGGAUUUGGAACUCAUCGGCCGGACAGCUCUGCAUGGUUGGAUGUCUUGGGCUUGGUGAUGGGGGAUGCCACUCUCGCAUUUGUUUAUAUAUUCCAACCUCCUUCUCGAUCGACCAGCGGAGUAUCAUUUUUGGAAGAAUUUCCAGUAUCAAUGACAGUGCUCACAUCUCGCACUACCCCUUGUCGUUUGAAAAGCCUGUGCAUCCUAUGCAACUAUGGACUAAGAUGAACAACUACCUUUAUGGUGGGGCUUACAAGUAUUCAAAGAUCAAGUUAGCCGGUGCUUUUCUUGAGAGAAGUGAACCUUUUGAUUUUCGUACUGUUAUCAAGAAAUCGCUCCUUAGCUAUCCGAGGAAGGGGGAUGAUAAUGAUGAUCUGGUCAAUCUUUCCAAUCUCGCAGAUGAUCUGACACUUCAUACAUAUGUGCUUCCAGAUCCACCACCCAAAAUUCGUACAAAGAGGCCUUUUCUCCAAAUGGAGAUACUCUCGCUUGGAUCAUUGUUUGGGCGCUCUUGGGCAUAUCGAAAUAUAUCAGUUGCAAAAGGUUGGACUCCAACCACUACAAAAGCGGUUUCCACUGAGAAGGAGCUACUUUUGAAUGUGUCGGCGGAAAUCACUCUCUCUGGAGAGCUGUAUGGCAAUGUCUCUGUGCUAUUCUUGGAGGGCCUUUAUAACCCAGUAGAUGGAAAGAUGUAUCUGAUAGGCUGCAGAGAUGUCCGUGCUUCAUGGAAAAUCUUGUUCGAAAGCAUGGAUCUUGAAGAUGGACUAGAUUGUUUGAUUGAAGUAAAAGUAGAGUAUCCACCAACAACCGCACGGUGGCUCAUAAAUCCGACAGCAAAGAUCUCCAUUGGUAGUCAAAGGAAUGAUGAUGACCCAUUCCAUUUCAACCAGGUCAAUCUCCAGACACUUCCAAUAUUGUAUCGGGAACAACGUCAGGACAUACUCUCUCGGAGAGGCGUAGAGGGGAUUCUUCGAAUCCUUACAUUGUCAGUAGCAGUCAUUUGCAUACUUAGCCAGCUGUUUUACAUUAGAGAUAAUACGAGUUCUACCCCCUUCAUUUCUCUUGUCAUGCUUGGUGUUCAGGCUCUUGGCUAUAGCAUUCCACUGAUCACAGGAGCCGAGGCACUGUUUGCCAGGCUGGCAGCUGAAUAUGAGACCCCAUCCUAUGAGUUUGAGAAGAAUCAGUGGUUCCAAAUUAUGGACUAUCUAGUGAAGAUUCUUGUGCUGGCUGCAUUUCUUCUUACUGUAAGGCUUGCUCAGAAGGUAUGGAAAUCCCGAAUCAGAUUACUGAGUCGCACUCCGCUUGAGCCACGAAGAGUCCCAAAUGAUAAACGGGUUCUUCUCUUUUCCUCUGCCAUACAUGUGGUUGGUUUUCUGGUAAUUCUUGUUGUGCACUAUAUUAAUGCCUCUAGGAGACCAAUUCACCAGGACACAUACAUUGAUUCAAGAGGGAAUAGCCAUAAAUUGCGUGAAUGGGGGAUUCAGCUGGAGGAGUAUAUAGGUCUUGUUCAAGAUUUUUUCCUGCUUCCUCAGAUCAUUGGCAACUUUUUGUGGCAGAUUAAUUGCAAACCUCUGAGGAAAGCCUACUACAUUGGAAUAACAGCAAUUCGGCUACUUCCACAUGUUUAUGAUUACAUCAGAGCUCCAGUUUUCAAUCCUUACUUCUCAGAGGAAUAUGAAUUUGUAAACCCAAGCUUAGAUUUCUAUUCCAGGUUUGGGGAUGUGGCAAUUCCAGUGACUGCUUCUGUGCUUGCAAUUGUCGUGUUUAUUCAGCAGACAUGGAAUUAUGAGAAACUUAGCCAGACUCUGAGAUCGCAGAAGAUACUUCUUCCUCUGGGAUCCACUGUCUAUGAGAGGCUACCCUCAAUGUCAUUUGAAGCAGAGCUUGUUUCUGGUGUGAAUGAAGCUAAAACCCAGGAUGCUUUGCAUGGCGAUGAAGAAUGAUGUUCCCUUUCUUAAAGAAUUUCCUGUUUCUUUCUUCCAAAGAUAUGGACUCAAUGUUUCACCAUGAAGUAUAUGUUUUUAAAAAGAGUAACUCGUUCCCCCUUUAAUAUACAUGUUAGCAAUGUAAUUUUCAUAUAGAAGACUGCGGUAGGGUUCUGAUAUAUAACUUUCUUACAUAAGAGUCACAUAGCUGUUCUUUUUCUGUCUUAAGUGGUCUGAACCAUUUGUUUCUGCAGAAAAACUUGGAAGUAUAAUCUAUAGACUGGCUUUCCUUA